AGAUCCCUUCAGAAAACUAGUUUGGAGGGUUUUACAUUCAAACUGGAUAGCAACAUUUUAAGUAUGGAUCUCCGCGUGGGCGGUAAAUACAGAAUCGGAAAGAAAAUAGGUUCUGGUUCAUUUGGUGAUAUCUACCUCGGCGUAAAUAUUAUCUCCGGUGAAGAGGUCGCUAUUAAGUUAGAGUCCAUCAAAGCCAAGCACCCACAACUCGAAUAUGAGGCUAAAGUAUACAAAACACUCGCAGGCGGUGUCGGUGUACCCUUCGUACGCUGGUUCGGCAGGGAGUGCGACUACAACGCCAUGGUUAUCGACCUCCUUGGUCCGUCGCUUGAAGAUUUAUUCAACUUCUGCAACCGUCGCUUCAGUCUCAAAACAGUCCUCCUCCUCGCUGACCAAUUAAUAUCUCGCAUUGAAUACAUUCACAGCCGCAACUUCAUCCACCGUGACAUCAAACCUGAUAACUUCCUUAUGGGUAUCGCUAAAAGAGGAAACCAAGUGAACAUCAUCGAUUUCGGUUUAGCUAAAAAGUACAGAGACCCAAAGACACACCUGCACAUCCCAUACCGUGAGAAUAAGAACCUGACGGGUACCGCACGUUACACAUCCAUCAAUACUCACUUGGGUGUCGAACAAUCGAGACGUGAUGAUUUAGAAUCUUUGGGUUACGUCUUCAUGUACUUCCUCCGCGGUCAAUUACCUUGGCAGGGUUUGAAGGCUACAACUAAAAAGCAGAAGUAUGAUAGAAUUAUGGAGAAGAAGAUGGUUUCAUCCACUGAAAUUUUAUGUCGUGGUUUCCCUCAUGAGUUUGCAAUUUAUUUGAAUUACACCCGUUCAUUACGGUUUGAUGACAAGCCAGAUUACUCAUACUUGAGGAGGUUGUUCAGGGAUCUUUUCAUCAGGCAAGGUUUCCAGUAUGAUUACGUCUUUGAUUGGUCUGUUCAGCAAAGAUAUGAUGACAGACGUAAACAAGCACCUGAGGAAGGUACACAAGCCGCCACUGGUGGUCAGACACCUGGUGCAAACGCCCAAGCUCAAGUUAAGCAAUCUGACAGAGUAUUAAGAUCAUCCACACGCCACGCAGAGUCAGGUCAACAACAACCACCACAAGCAGGACCUUCUGGAUCUAGACAAGCAUGGUAUUAAAUACAUGAACAAUCCAAAUAAGAAAUCUCUAUCAACAAUUCAAUAAUAAACUUAUCAAACAUUCAACAUUAUUUAGGCUCUACUAUUUUACUUACAACUUUGUUAUAUCAAGAUUUUCACAUUCAUAGUAAUUUU